AUGCGUUUCAGCUUCAUCUUCACCCUGCUCGUCGUCACUCUGAUCGCGUGCUACAAUGGUUUCGCCAGCGCUGAGAGCGCCGUUGCCCUGGACAAGCGUCCUGACCCCGUUAACGUCCCCAUCAGCCAUGACAUCACACGUCGCAACCUCAGGGCGAACGGUGAAGAGAGAGCGGCGGGCUUUCUGAGCAAGUUAAAGGGUAUUUUUAGCAAGCCUGGUGUCAGCCAGAAGGUCGAGGCUCUGCAGAAGAACCCUACCAUGGUCAAGAAUUUAGAGAAGGCCACAUUUACUCAGAAGGGGUCGAGCAAGGUCCGCGCGUGGUUUAUGAAUAUGUACAACAACAGCUCAAAGAGGGACAAGUUCUUCAUUCUCGCGACCCUCAUCAUGUUUCCUAUCGGCGCAUGGGCGGUUAUUACCAAUUAUAGGAGGUAG